AUGAACAUAAAUACGCAUCGCAACUCGAAGCAAAUAAAAACAUUUUAUGAAAAUAUCAAAAGAAAGAUUAAAAAGAAACAAGCUGUAGAAAAGGUAGAAAAAUACAAAACAGGAGGUGGUCCAGAACAAACUGCAACCAUAUUAUUACCUGAAUCUACAAAUAACGAUCAAGAUGUAGUUCCUAUUGAAGAGAAAGAAAUAGAAUAUUUAGACGACACAGAAAUGUUUAUGACUAACUCAACAGAAUAUCAGAACUGUUCUGAAAUGGUCCACAGUGUCAGCGAGUUGCAAACUACUCAUGAUCUGGUUUCAGUACAAGAUACCCCAGGUCCCAGUAAAAUGAUAACCCAAAAAGAAAAAAAGUCAGCAAGCAAACGAAAACUUUCUGAUUUAUAUGAUGACAUUUCAUCUUUAACAGCAACAAAAAAAAAUAAAAUAAAACAAAAGGAAGACUACAUAAAGGAUCAAAAUAAAAAUAAAGAAAAUAUAAUUAAAAUUGAAAAAGAAAUAAAAGACCAAAAAUUGAAAAAUGACAAAAUAUUAUUUGAGCUGGAUGAAGAAAUAAAAAAAGGAGCUCUUGAAGUUGUGAAAUUAGAAAAAAAAAUUAAACAAGUUGAAUUGGCAACUAAGUUAGAAGAAUAUAAGCUGCGUUUUGGAAAAGAAUAUAAUGUUUAA